AUGGUAUCAUUUACAGGCCUUUUGGUGGCUGCCUGUGCGGCAGUCAGCGCCUUUGCACUUCCCAGUGAUUUGGCGACAAGACAAAGCAUCACCACGAGCCAGCAAGGAACCAGCAAUGGCUACUUCUACUCUUUCUGGACCAACGGUGGUGGGAGUGUGUCCUACACCAACGGUGCCUCAGGGCAAUACGCCGUGAGCUGGACCAAUUGCGGAUCCUUCACCUCUGGCAAGGGCUGGGCUACUGGUAGCGCCCGAAACAUCAACUUUUCCGGCACCUUCAGCCCCUCAGGUAAUGCUUACCUCGCUGUCUACGGCUGGACCACGAGCCCCCUCGUGGAGUACUACAUUUUGGAAAGCUAUGGUACCUACAACCCCGGAAGCAGCAUGACCUACAAGGGCACUGUUACCAGCGAUGGAUCCGUUUACGACAUCUACACCCACCAACAGGUCAACCAGCCUUCCAUCUCAGGCACUGCUACAUUUAACCAGUACUGGUCCAUUCGUCGCAACAAGCGCUCCAGUGGUACUGUCACUACUGCCAAUCACUUCAAUGCCUGGGCGUCCCUCGGAAUGAGCCUCGGAUCCCACAACUACCAGAUUGUAUCUACUGAAGGGUAUCAAAGCAGCGGAUAUUCGUCCAUUACUGUGUCCUAA